AUGAAAUCUCAAGUAACAAAUUAUCGAUAGAAAAGUUUAAGUUUAUAGGCACCAUCAUCUUUUCUUAUUAGAACUGAAUAAAACAUAAAUAAAACAUUGAUUGCACAUCAUUAUAAUCUUCCGUUGAUAUCCUAAUAAUAAAAUGAUAGAUAAGAUCAAAACUAAAAAAUCAAAAUGUUCUAACACAUUUAAGAUUUCAGUAAUAUCAAGAAAGGUCUUGAAAUAAUAGAAAAUUAUGAAAAUUAAUAAAAUUUUCGUAAAGUGACAGAUCGAGAGGAAUACAGAAGUCUUUAAGAAAAUAGAUAGAUUGUAGAUUAUAUAAAAAGCUAAAAACAAAGAUAUGAGGAUUUGAUUGAAAGUAAUUUGGAUAAUUUGAGAAAUUUAGAAGGAAUGUAAUUUAAUCUCAGCACAAAUUUAAAUGAAUAAUCAUCUUUUAGAAAAGCUUUAUUAAAAAAAAAGAUACUAUCAUUCAAACCAAAUAAAAUACAUUCAAUAAAUUUAAAUACAAUAGAGGAUGUUGAAAUGUAAAAAAAUAACCAACAAAUAAUUUUCACAUAAAGAUUUAAAUAAAAGCUUAGGGAAGGGGUUAAAUAAUAGAAAACCAAAAAUUAAGGAAUAAAUCUAGAAUCAAGCCUAAAGGAUUCUGAAGAAGAAAGAUGUAAAACGGUGAAUUCUAGAAAUAAAAGACCUUCAUUAUAAUUAAAAAUUUGGAAUAAUAUUAAUUUAAAUAAAUAGAGUCAACCCAAAUUUCAACUUAGAUUUAGAAAUAAAAAAUUUAGAAUUAUAGUGAUUGUUGUGUUUGCUAUAUUAAAAUUAUCAAAAAAAUAUAAGUAAUUAAAUAUAUAUAUUAAAUUAAGAAAAAUAUUGGAAAAGAGAAAGAUAGCGAAUAAGCACUUUUAGGCAUAAGAAGAGUCUCAUAUAAAAUUUAUUAAUUUAUUUGGAAUUUAGUAACACAGUAUAUAGCAUAGAAAAUUUGUAGACUUAUUAUUCUAAAAGAUUCAUAGAAUAACUAAAGAAUAGACAUAUCUUUAAGAAUGCUAAAAUAUUAAAAGUAUGAGAGUUGAAAUAAGACAAGAUGUUUAAAAAUAAAGGUUAUGUUUUUUGAUAAAGAUAUUAUUUUAAGAUUUAGAAUUAAUAACUAGAAAAAAUAUAAUACCACCAUUUAUAUUACAUUCAUUAAAUUUAUGUCUUUUUUCUGGAAAACAUACCUAAACAAGUUAAUUUGUAAUAAAUAGGACUAAAUUUUAUUCAAAAACAGUUUAUUCACUUAAUUCUUAAUAAAAAGUAUUAAUUGCUUUAGAAUAUCUUAUUUUUACUAUUAUUGCACCAAAUAUAUUAGAUAUUGCAAAUGAAUUAGAUUAAAAAAUUUAAGAUUGUUCUAUUAUAACUCUAUUUUAUUUUAUUGCUUUUACUGGCGUGCUAAUGGCUAUAUUUACAAAAUAAUUCGAAAAGUUAAAUAAAAUUCAAAAUUCGAAUAUAAAACCCAUUUAAAGAGUUAUUCAAUUAAAAAAAAAUAAUUAAGGUUUUCCAUGUUUUGCUAUUUUCAGUGUCAAUAAUAAAAUUGAUGAAAAUGAAAAUAAAAUCAUUAUAGGAGGCUUUGAGUAUUCAGCAAUUAUAGAUUUAAUUUAAUCUAAACCUUUUUGGACAGUGUAAAUUUCUAAAUUAUUUUCAAAAAUUGUUUCCAACAUUGGAGAUCUAAUAGACAUAACCAAUGUUUAAUGA